GACAGUUGUUCAACAACACCGAGUCCAUCGGCCAUUACGUAAAAAAAAAAACACUACUGUCUGCAAACAGCGGGACGUUUUCUCUUGUUUUCCUGUCAUUUUUGUCUCUAUCAGCCAUCAUGAGCGACACAAUCUAUCCUCCAGAGAGCAUCUAUAACCUUAUUCCCAGAGAGGAAGAGAAAGCCGUGAAAGCACCCAGGUACAUGUCAAAGUUCAGAGAGCAGGUGAAGCUGGAGAAAGAGGUGAACAAAGCCCCCAGUAAAACUAUGGGACCAGCAAAAGUGGAUGUGCCGUCACCACAGAAAUAUCUACUGAAACACUCCAAGGAGCCCAAACUCGCUGAGAAGAAACCUUUUAAAUAUGAAGAUGAUGAGCUACAGAGUAAACCACCGAUACCUGCCAGGACAGACAAGCCGCUCAUGGGUCUCCACAGCAACAAGAACUUUAUUAAGACCAACGCUGUGGAGAACAUCAUGACAGUCCCGAAGAAACCACAGCCUGUGUAUGCUUAUACCAAGAAGGGAGACAAACAACUGUUGGAGAAAUCUGGUCUCAUCCCAAAAUACAUAAAGAAGAAGGACUAUGGCCUAACUCCAGAGUACCUGCUCCAGCGCAGAGAGGAAGUGAAGAAAGCACAAGAAGAAUAUGACAACUAUGUCAAGGAGCGAAUGAGAGAAGGGGCCAUGAAACAGCUUUCAGGUGAAGAGCGCCACAAUAUCCUGCAGGCUCUGAAGAAGAACUGGGACGAGCUUCAUCACCAGUACCAAGGCCUCUCUGUUGUCACAGACACAGCUCCAAAAAAAUAUAGGAAGGAGCGUCUGGAGCAGGAAAUGAAGCAGCUGGAGAAAGAUAUUGAGCUGAUUGAGCGACACAAAACCAUCUACAUUGCUAAUAUCGGAGCAUGAUGUUAGCUAGUCGCCCUGAAUUCAGCAAAUAUCCAAGAACAACAUUUGAAACGGGCAAAACUGCCACAGUGUCUUUGCUUGUCCUCUCUUAUGGUACUUCAGAAAUAUUUUGAAAGGCUUCU